AUGAUUUCUCACUCAUCUCUCCAACCUUUCUCUGUCCCUUUGACUCCCCCCAGGGAAAUCAACUCCGCUUCAAAGGAAAACGCCCUUCCAGCCACUUACGCAAUGAAUUCAGGCCCAUGUACAGUUAUCGAGAACGGGACUCGAUGUGCAUGUUCACGAGGUCUUUUUUUACUGGAACAUGGAGUAAACUUUGAACUGUUGAUAUGCAAGACAAAGACGUGUAAUCAUUUACUUAAAGAACACCGGGCUGCUGAUAAUGAACCACCUCCGACUGAAUCCUCUCCGACCGAAUCCUCUCCGACCGAAUCAUCAGCAUCUGCCGGCAAUCCUAAUCACACGCAAUAUCACUCCUUGGGAUCUACUAGGUAUAAAACGAGAUGUUUACGCCAGGAUACGGUGUCAAAACUUGCAGCCGCCGUUGAUUCUCAAAAUGUUAUUCACAUACGGGGGACACCAGCCAGCGGGAAAACGGUCCUGUCCCAACUGCUGCUGGACUACUACCUCACGAAUAAUAGAAAGGCGUUUUUACUUGAGGCAUGGGAACCACUGGAAGCUUCCCAAAGCGGAGACCCUUGGACUCGAUUCGGCUUGCACCUGCAACAAAAAUAUCCUAAAUUCGAUAAAACGUGGAAAUCUGUUCCUGCAAACACUGUAAUUCUUAUUGAUGAAGCUCAGAAUUCAUACCGGGACACGUACUUCUGGAACACGGUCAUCAAGAGCCGAAGGUCUGGGGAAGGCAAAGAUAUAAAGAUUUGUCUUUUCUGUUCCUACGGAAGCCCUUCGACAGGUGUGGAGGAAGACGAUAAUGAAAAUGGAUUUACUCCAGUUACCUUCGGUCCCGCGCAGCGCAUUACACUGACCCCUCAACUUGGCAAAGAUUCGCCAAAAAUUGGCUUGUUUUACACAGAAGAUGAAUUUUGUGAAGUUGUAUCACUUCUGACGACAAACAAAUUCGAUGAACCCUUCACAAUUGAUAAGGCAGCUAUGGACUACAUAUAUGACCUGACAAAUGGGCAUCCCGGAGGGGUGACAGCCACGGUCGAUUUUCUUCAGGAUCGGUAUCGCAAUCUCCUCAAACACAAAAAGAUCCGUACAAUCACGAUGGAUCAUGUUCUUAAAGUUUUGAUGGAUGAGAAUGAUUACUUUAGGUUUCUCGCGAAUCAUGCUGUUUAUCGCUCAUUUCCUAGAGGACGACGCCUUACAUCUGAAGUUGCUGAUGCAUUGGGCAGGAUUUUAGUCAAUGGAAGCAUACCAUUCGAUAUUGAUGAUGCGGCCAUGCAGAAAUGCUAUAAGAGAGGCUGGGUUCACCGGAUAGCUGAAGGACAGAUACCACUAACACAUGAUGUUGCUGUCCUGCCGUCGCGCUUGCAUGAAGUAUGGCUUGAAUGGUUCAUGGGCAACAAGCCGAAGCAUUUACCCGACAGAUUCGACCAGUUACGUACAUUAUGCCAGGAGGUUCUCGAAAAUUUUUCAAAGAUUAGCCUGAGACAUGCUGCUGAAGGCAAGAAAAUCUCGACUGCAGCAAAACCCAGGCCCAUGGAGGCGCAAUAUCAGGAUGAAUUUUAUAGGGCAUUUUGCAACGUGGCAGGCAUCGGCGUACCUCUCUGUAGUGAAUGGUCAAGGAGUGGUAAUGGCCGAGUUGACUUUUACAUUCCACAGAAGCAGUGGGCUAUCGAGUUGCUUCGGGAUUAUGAUCGGGUUGAUGAACAUAUCUCCCGAUUCUAUCCGGGGGGGAAGUACUUUCCCUGGUUGCAGGAGAAGAAGGUUGUAGACUGGAUUAUUAUCAACUGUGCUUCCUCUCCCCCUACAUGUUCAUAUUCCGAGCAGAACCUCUGGACCGCCGUCUUUACCAAUUGUUAUUCUGAUUUGAAAGUGUAUGAUCAUCGAAUGCGUCCUUUGUUUUCUGUUCCUCUCCACAAUUAG